UCUUAAUUACUAGACUAUUAGUAAGUAUUUAUACAAUGGCAACCAAUAUGAUUCUCCUAAUUGUUGCUUCUACACUUGUUUUAUCCACAAAUGCAAUUAGGAGCCUUGAUUCCAUGAAAUCUCAAUCAGAUGAACAUAUGAAGUUUAUACGCCAUCCAAUUUUACCACCAUUUUUUGGUGGCCACGGGCUUGGUAGGCCCGCAUUUGGUGUAGGGCCGGUUAUUGGAUUUGGUCCUUUUGGAGGAAUUGUGGGGGGAGCUAGUCCAAACAACGGUGCUGGAUUGGGUUUCGGAACUGGAACUGGAACUGAAACUGGAAGUGGAACUGAAAUUGGAAGUGGAUCAGGUUUCGGGUCCAGCAUUGGAGGAGGAGGUUUCGGGCCCAGCAUUGGAGGAGGAGGUUUCGGGUCUAGCAUUGGAGGAGGAGGUUUCGGGUUAGGAAAUGUCGGAGGAGGUUUUGGUUUUAACGGUGAUAGUAAUGGAGGUGCUAGUCCUAUUGGUGAUGGUUCAUUUGCUAGUGGUCAAGCUAAAGCAUCACUUGGAAAUCAAAAACCUUGAACAACUCUUCAUCACGAUAUGAUAUGAUAUGAUAUAUUACUAUUAUUUACUAGAUUUCACACAAAUAAGACUAACUUCGCAUAUUGCGCUAGUUACUAAUUAAUUAGGAAAAUUACUCAUCUUUCUUUUAAAUAUAUGUUAUGGUUUGAUUUUGCAUGUUUUAAUUAGUAAUUCUUAUAUAUGAGUCAAAUUUGUACGUAGUUUGGCUGAUUAUGCAACUUUUAAUAACACUUUCAUUUCUUAA